UUAACUCCUCUUUCCUCUCUCCACCUCCCCAGGUUGUCCGAUGCAGGUGGAGAGGAGGGGUCUAGAGUCUCACCUGUUGGAGUGUGAGUUCCGCAGCAGGGCGUGUCCUAGUGGCUGUGGCCACACGCCCCUCUCUGUAGACCAAUCACAGCACAACUCUGUUGCGGAGCUACGAACAGAAUUGGAGCUGCUCAGGGCAGAGAUGUUGGGUAAGAUGGAGGAGGUGAGGCGUGAGAUGGAGUCGAGGCUGGACUCUCAGAGGAGACACAUGGUGCAGAAAGAGUCUCUGCUGAAGAGCGAGGUGGAGGACCUCAAGGGCCAGGUGUCGAGGGUGAUGUGUGAUGUGCGGGCUCUCUUGGGGGCAGAGCGCCUGCGGAGACAGGAGCUGGCAGAAGCGGAUCUAGAGAAGAGGGAGCUACUGGAGAUGCUCCGGAGCCUGCAGCCAUGCAGGGGCCAGCGGAACAGAGACGAGCCAAUCAGAGGACUGCAUCAAGAAGACAGGACAAUUAGGAGCCAGCAUCAAGUGGAACACCCAACCAGGGGCCUGCGGAGGGCGGGGCCAACACAGGCUUCUACCCAAUUACUACCCUCGGCUUUGCCUACUCCAGCCUUAUACACGCCUACCUCCCCACAGCCAGGGGAGGGGUCACGCAUGGCCUGCCCCCGCAGCCUUACCCUCGACUGCAUCAAGAGCAGAGAGGUCACCGUCAUCUGAGGGGCCAUUCCUAAUGUCACUGGGUUAUGUUCAGUACUGGGUUAUGUUCAGUACUGGGUUAUGUUCAGUAGGCACAAAUGAGAGAAAAACCAGCUGAGAUCCUAAAUAAAGUCUGCUGAAACACC